AUGGCUUUGAGAAACCGAUUUGGUUUAUUUAGAAACACACUCUCAAAUUUUACGUCUUUGAGGCAUAACUUUACUAAUAUCAAAAAUGGAAGUGCUUUUGAUUUAUUGCCAAAUAUAGUGACAGGAAAGGUGAUACUGUUCGAGAGAUGGGAUUUCAGAUACUUGUACCAUUUAAUGAUAACAGUUGCGUUUGUUGCUGUUUUCCUCAACUGCUACAUCCUUUCUCUGGUUGUCCGCACCAAGAAAUUACGUCAUAAACACAAUAUCUUCCCAAUAAACUUGACACUGUCCGAUGCAUUUGUCGGGUUCGUUGUAAUUCCGUUGUUUGUCAUUGGACAAUAUAUGCUUGAGGACACCUUGUUUGAUAGAUUUCUUGAGUCUUCGCGUGUUUAUCACAUCAGCAGCGUGACACUCAUGUUCAGUAGCCUUGUUAAUAUCUAUAGCGUAGCUGCGAUUGUCGUUGAGCGCUUGGUUGCAAUUUGCCUUCCAUUCAAACAUCGUCAGAGCUUCACGCGUUCGAAAGCAACGGUUACAGUUCUGGCAAUAUGGAUCCUAUCGAUACUGUUUGCCGCGUUUUCAUUUUAUGUGUACGAAAAGUUUUAUACUACAAGUCAUGUUGAUUCAGCGUUAGAUGCUAUCUUGCUUGUUUUGUCAGUAGUUAAAUCGGAGCGGAAGUACAAGGGUUACGAUGAUAGCUUUAUUUGGAUAUGCUUGGCGGGUUCUCUAACUGCUGGUUCCGGACUUGUUGCAACUCAAGUUGUGUUAUGCAGAAGACGCAGAGCGUCGAAAAUUCGUCGUUCAGCUACGCAAAAUGUCACGAGAAGAAGCGAAGAGAUCAAGGCUACAGUGAUGCUUUCGUUGAUGUUUAUGGCGAUUAUCAUCUGGCUUAUUCCGAUAAUAAGAGGAAGGAAAUUGCUAAAUAGAGAAUUGUCAAUGUAUCUAUACUUGGGUAGAUUCUGCCUGUCUAUCGUCAACCCAAUAUUAUAUACGCUCCUAAAGCAGGACAUCCGGACAGCAGCUGCAAAAGACUUUCGCGCCUUGAAAAACUUUAUACUGCGAUCUUUCUGCAGGCGCUGUAUCCAUACCUCCGUUACAUCCACGACGCGCGCAAACAACAACAACAAAAGAAGUGUUUCAAGUAAAUCUGACAUCUCAACAACAGAGAUAUAA